GUUUCUUUCUCAUAAAGAGAAAAUCUUUCUUGGUUUUUUUUUUCCUUUUCAAGAAAAACUAGUGCAAUAAAUGGCUGGAGAACAAGAGAAAUUAUUGCUGGAUGAACACAAGGAGAACCAUUUCACAGCUGGAGAAAUUGUACGUGACAUGAUUAUUGGUGUUUCUGAUGGCCUAACAGUCCCUUUUGCUCUGGCUGCUGGAUUGUCUGGUGCUAAUGCUUCAUCAUCCAUCAUUCUCACUGCUGGCAUUGCUGAGGUUGCUGCUGGAGCCAUUUCCAUGGGACUUGGAGGUUAUCUUGCUGCAAAAAGUGAGGCUGACCACUACAUGAGAGAACUCAAAAGGGAAGAGGAAGAGAUCAUUGCUGUACCAGAUACAGAAGCAGCAGAGGUCGCAGAGAUAUUGUCCAGGUAUGGAAUUGAGCCCCAUGAAUAUAAGCCAGUGGUGAACGCUCUGAGGAAGAACCCACAAGCCUGGCUUGAUUUCAUGAUGAAAUUUGAACUCGGAUUGGAGAAGCCAGAUCCAAGAAGAGCACUGCAAAGUGCAUUUACCAUUGCCAUUUCCUACAUUGUUGGUGGAAUUGUCCCUCUUAUUCCUUACAUUUUCAUCCCAGUUGCAAGCAAGGCCGUUUUGGCAUCUGUUGCCAUAACAUUAAUAGCCUUAUUUGUCUUUGGGUUUGCCAAGGGCUACUUUACUGGAAAUAAUCCCAUCAAAAGUGCUCUGCAAACCGCUUUGAUUGGAGCUAGUGCAUCUGCUGCUGCUUUUGGCAUGGCCAAAGCUGUUCAAGGAUAGCCAUCUCCUUAUCCUUGUGUAGAAGUGAAGCCUAGUUUGAAGAAUAACAUAUAUGUUACUUGUUUAUUCUCAAGAAUUUAAUAAA